GGGGGAGGAGAGCCCCGGGGGGAGGCGAGGAGAGGCGGAUUUAAGGAGUGGCGCUGGGAGAAGGUGGCCUUGCUGCUCCCCGACUGGCCUCCGCACGCACGCUGUCCCCUCGCCUGCCCGCAGGAUGCCCGUCAAAGGAGGCACCAAGUGUAUCAAGUACUUGCUCUUCGGCUUCAACUUCAUUUUCUGGCUUGCAGGAACAGCAGUUCUUGCAAUUGGACUAUGGCUUCGGUUUGAUUCACAGACUAAAAGCAUCUUUGAACUGGAAUCCAACAACACAACAUUUUAUACAGGAGUUUACAUCUUAAUUGGAGCUGGUGCACUGAUGAUGCUGGUUGGCUUCUUGGGAUGCUGUGGUGCAUUGCAGGAAUCACAGUGUAUGCUUGGCCUGUUCUUUGUCUUCCUGUUUGUGAUUUUUGCCCUUGAAAUUGCUGCUGCCAUCUGGGGAUUUGCAAAUAAAGAAAAGGUUAUUGAAGAGUUAAAGGACUUCUACAAGGAAACCUAUGAAAAGAGAUCUCAACCAGCUGCCAGGGAAACCUUGAAAGCAUUUCAUUUUGCUCUGAAUUGUUGUGGUAUUGCAGGAAGUCUUGAGCAGCAGUUCAUGGAUACAUGUCCAAAGAAGACCUUGGCUGAGUCAUUUACUGUAACGUCAUGUCCUAAAGCCAUCGAUGAUGUCUUUCAAUCAAAACUGAAUGUGAUUGGAGCAGUUGGCCUUGGUAUUGCUGUUAUAAUGAUUUUCGGCAUGAUAUUCAGUAUGGUUCUUUGCUGUGCUAUCCGCAGAAACAGAGAAAUGGUCUAAGAGCUAGAAAUCCAAGACCCCUGCACUAUAAAAUCUUUGUCAUUAACUCUAGCGUUCUCAAAGCAUUUCUAAAAAGUUAUAUAUUUGUUACCUUUUUAAUGCUUUAUUUGGUACUGAUGUAGGUUUGCUUUUUAUGCUAUAGGUUAAAAUGAUAAAGGUAUAUCUGACUCAAGACAAAUAUUGUACAUAAAAUAUCUUACUUUCUUGAAACUUAUGUAAUUUGGAUGUAAUUUAUGUUUGAGACAAUUUGAUACUUAAUAAAGAGUAAGAUGUAUUGUA